UACUGGUGGUGGGAGGGAGUGGACUCUCAACUCAUUCACUGUUAAAUGUAAUUUUUAGAUAAAAAAGAGAGAAGAAUCCCAUGGAAUCGAUGCUAAAUGUUAUUUAUUGAGCAGCUGAAAGGGUCCUACAGUAUCAACCAAAAAACUCCUGCUUCAAGCAAUAACUGAGAGAGAAGACAUACAGGAAACACUACCUUUUAAGGAAUGUAAUGGAACGUCAUGGAACCUGUCAGAGGGUGCAGCCAAGGUGUGAAGAAAAUGUGAAAAGUACAGUAGAUGACGUAGAUCAAUUGUUCAGUCAUUCUUCGUGACACCUUAUAAGACACCAGUUCCUGGACUGCUACCGAUUCAUUGAAGGACUUACUUUGAAUUUGAUACUGGUUAAAUACAGUGAACUCUGUCAUGAGCUGGAAAUCCUGGGUCACUCAAAUAUGUUUUGUUUCUCUCCUCAUCAUCAAGGCAUCCUAUUCUGUUGAAUUUGAGAUCAGUGUUCCUCGUGAGCCUCAACUUGCCAUCGUGGGGCAGUAUGUGGUCCUAGACUGCAGCUUCCCUGUGGGAAAGGCCUGGGACCUGGACAACAGUGUGAUAACAUGGCAGAGAGGCCUGGAGGUGAUACACAGUUUCUACCACGGACAGGACCAACUGGACAGACAGAGCAGUCACUAUACCAACAGAACCAGCCUGUACCACUCUGAGAUGGAGAGGGGUAAUGCCUCUCUCAGGCUGGACCGUACCAACCUGGGGGACAAAGGAGACUAUACCUGCUCCGUGAGCACACUGCUGGGCAGUAAGACGAAAACCUUUGCCCUGAAAUUAGCAGCAUACUACCCUGAGCCACACCUGAAGUUCACAGCAUCUCCAAGAUAUGUGGAGCUACUCUUGACCUCACAGGGAGGGUACCCGCGACCCUCAGUGCAUUGGCUGGAUGACAGCGGUGAUGAUGUCACCAAUAAUACAGUCACAAACAUCUCAGAGGACACACAGGGUCUAUACACUGUGUUCAGUACAUUAAAUCUACAGGGACAAGUCAACGAGACCAUCACCUUCGUCUUAAAGAACAAGGCCCUGGGACAGGAGAUCAGGAGAGAGAUCACACUUCACUCAGCAAAUGAGAGGUCGUCAGUGGAAAAGGGCAGAAUUUCUGGAGACAACAAGAAGAGAUGGACAAUUCUUGUUCCUAUAGUGACAUUUGUACUGUUGUUGUUUGUACUAUUAAUGCCAGCACUGAGAAAUUAUGUGCCAUGGCCAUCGGAGAAACCAUCACCUGUCUACAAAACACCAUCAGGCUCAUAAGUCAUCACAAACGCCUUUUAAUGUACUUUAUAACGGAGAAGAAGACAAGACAUUUAGGAAUAUAUAAUGAAUGGAUCUAUGGCAUCAACAUGAUUCUUGCCAGUGUUUGCAAUACAGCCCGUAGUAUCUUUCCAAGGAGUUACUGCCAUAGUACUUUAUAGUUCACCAUUUAAAUAAGGUGAAUGCACCAAUUUGUAAGUCGCUCUGGAUAAGAGCGUCUGCUAAAUGACUUAAAUGUAAUGUAAAUGUAAAUGUGGGUGCUACUUAGUUUCUUCUCAAACACCGAAAUGGUUGCCAAUGUAUUUAUUUUUUUUUAAAGAGAAAGAGACAAAAAGUGGAAUAAUACAUAUUUAUUUAAAUGUAUGGAUUAAGUGCAUCAUUGACGAGCUGCGUCUCAGUAAAGGUUGUUAAAACUGAAUUCUUAUAGUGAAUGUACAAUAGAUGUGCAAUAUAUCCAGUUAAAAGGUA